AAGAUGCAGCCGACAAGACGGAUGAUCAGCAGUCAGCAGAGUCAGAAUAAUCGCUCCCGUCGCUUGCGCUUAGUGCUGUGCUUACUGCUGCUGCCUUACAUUGAAGUGCAUGCUCAAUAUUCCAGACAAUGGCAGAGUCAGGCUUAUGGCUACAAUCUGCCACAAUAUCAGCAACAACAACAACAACAACUACAACCACAAGCUACCUAUCGUAACACACCCACGCCUUUGACUUACAAUGCAGGACAAGCCUUUGCAUCUCCUUUACCAAUAACCAGUUCAACCGCAAACUCAGCGCCUCGUUCCAUUUGGUCGGGCGCCCCGAUUGUUGUGGACGACAGCCUUUAUGGCGAAGAUAGCAGCAACAACAACAACUACGAUUUGGAAACGGAUCAGCAUAGCACACAUGGAUAUCUGCCCACAAGUACUGUUCACUAUAGGUCUACAACGACGACCCCAACACGUGCUGCAAAUCACAACUACAACAAUGUUGCUGGUUAUCAAUAUUUUACGCAACAACAACAGCAACAACUACAACAACUUGAAAAGCAAUAUCAGUUGGCGCUACAACAACAAAAGCAACAACAGGAAAGCGAACUUCUAGCCGCUGCCGAGGCGCGUCGCAAUGACAAUCCCGUCAUUCAAAUUGGCAAUCGACGGCCUCUGCCACAUGUUGGUGGCAACAACUAUUAUGAGCCUCCAUUGGCGUUGCAGCAACAACGCAGUUUUGCAGCCAAAUAUGCGAGUCAUUAUGCAAAUUAUUUGCGCAAAUAUCCGCAACGGCUGCGCGCGCUUUACAACACUGGCGCCGAAUACAUAGACAAGUGAAAGAAAGAGGUCAGCAGCAAAAAUAAAACCGAUUUGAAAUCAAUUCCCAAGUUUCUACUCUAAUUUUAUUCAAUAAACGCAAAUUGAGAACAUGGCAUGCGUUCAAGUGGAAUCAGCCCGCCCAGGGAAUUUGGAAUUAUCGUGUGUGUACGUGAAUGUGUGUGUGUGUGGCAAGCAAAUAGCAAACAUUCAACUAAUUGCAAUAUGCGAGCAGAUCAAUUGUUGUUUGCUCAACUUUCUCCCUAGA